AUGCGAACGCGUUCAACCGAGUUGAUGCGACGAAUUUGCAGUGAAGGUGCUGGUCGGCGGGUUCGCCAGAGAGACAUAGCACUCGAUGUCCACGCAGACGCCGACAUGGCAGAGAUCACACUGUCUGUUAUGAAGAUUUCCAGCUGUUUUGUGGCCUCCUUUGCACAAACUGUGAUUACAGAAAUUGUAACGAAGGGAAAUCCAAUAGAUCCACUACGCCAGACCUUAUGGUGCCCAACUUUUCAAGUAGGGACGCAAUGUCCAGAAAACUCUCUCAUUUCUUACUACAAAUGCUGCGGACAUCUUCAUAAGGAAUGCUGCUCACAUUUGCGGGUGUGGGUACUCAUCCUGAUUAUUGCUCUUCCACUCUUGCUCAUUGUACCUCCAUCCGUCUACCUUUUACGGCGACUUAUUUGCAAACGUCGAGAACGAUAUUCGGCUGGAAUUCAGAUGACAACGCGUGAGACAAGAGAAAGUCGUUCUGUUUCCAAGUAG